AUGAUUUUCCACACUAUUACCGUCGCAACUUUAUUCGCUGCAGCCCAUGCAGGACUUAUAGGAGGAGUCGGUCUCACUGGAGCUGUAGGAACUGCUGCUGUGGACUUAUACGCACCUCCAAAAUACGAAUUUUCCUACGGAGUAGGCGACCCCAAAACUGGAGACCAAAAGGAACAAUCCGAAGUUCGAGUAGGGGACCUGGUAAAGGGACAGUACUCCCUAGCUGAACCCGAUGGUACCAUCAGAGUGGUUAAAUACACUUCCGACGGCAUCAACGGCUUCAACGCGAUAGUAGAAAGGAUCGGCAAAGCCGUACACCCACAAAUUCUGGUCCAAAAGGCUGUUGCUGUUCCGGUCGGUGUUGGAGUUGGUGGAAUUGGACUAGGCGGUCUAGGAGGUCUUGGACUUGGUCUCGGUAAACUGUAG